CAGGUAAAAUGGACACAGAAAGCAAUGUGUCUCCUCUGUCAGUAUUUGAAGAAAUAAAAUUGAAAAAUGGAGAAGUAUCCGAAAAUAUGCAUAAACAACUGUAUUCGUUGUUCAAGUUGCUCAAAUCGCUUGAGCGAAAUACAUUACCGCUUCAUCAAGAGACAUCUGGCCUACAGAAUCACCUUAAAAAUAUCGACGAAGCUUUGAAAAAUGUAUCACUAAUCAUGGGUUAUUAUCAAGUGCAUGGGAAGUAUGCUGGAAUUUUAUUCAAACAACCUAUCCUUGAUGUGCCGAAGCAUUUAAGUGCCCUUAAAGAAAUUAAGGAAGCAGAAGAAUUUUUCAACAGCGGUGCUUUUGGAACUGAAGCGAAGGAACUGAAAAACGACUUCGCCAAAGGAAACGAAAAUCUGUUCGCACACUUCAGAAGCGAGUUGCAUGCACUCGGAGAAUUAGAUGAAGCUCUAAUAUUGCAGUUACAUAGAUACACCGACGAGUUCAUUCAACGCUCUGAGUCUGAACUCAAUCAGAGGUUCCUUGCUGGAGAUAGGAAUAUAGGAGACCUUAAGGAUGUGGUUUUCUGGCUCUGUCGCGGAUUCAGCGAGGGUUUCGACAUCGUGUCUAGUUAUUCCUCAGCCAGAAGCGAUUUUUUUGCCCAGAUGUUGAAAGCAUAUGCAGAUAGAUGUCGAAAUCAUAGCGCUACCGAAAAGCAUAAGACCACUGAUUUCAACUUCCUCAUAACUUCACAGAAGUCAGAGCUGCCGCGUGUUCCAAGGUAUCAUCAGCGAUAUAGAAGCAGAUUGGUACGAACAGUCGGAGUCAAUCCCUCUGUGCACAUGGAGUCCGUAGGAUUAGGAAAUGACACGAUAAUGGGCUCGCUGCUGGGCAAAGCGGCCGAUGGUAUUUCGAAUGUAAUUGACACUGGGGUGGGCGGGGUUAAGAAGGUAGGAGUGCUCACCACUGAUGUAGUAGUGGGCACGGGAGAUGUCGUCCACAAAAUGGCCUCAGAGACAGCAGGGGUAGUGACCACCACACUCAGCGCUAUGCCACUUGUCAGUGGAGCCAUGCCGCUGUCUCAUUCUGAGCAGAAAAAUUCGUUCUUACCCGAUCCUUCUCUGAGUGACGUGGAUGUGAUGGUUUACGUGCAGAUAAUCUCCGCGUUUCAUGUACUCGCAGUUAAUGAGUUUCAACUAGUUGGUGAAAUUGUUCCACGAAACAAAGUGUCUCAAGCUUAUGAAGCGCUGUGCAAAGAAACAGCUAAGAAAUUGCGUUUUGAUAUUGAGAAGCUCAUUGGCGUGUGUACUGCCCGGAUGAAGAAUGCGAAGACUGAUUUGAGGCCCAUUCAAUGUCUCUUCCCCCUAGCAGAGUUUAUCAGACUGAAGUUCUUCGUCUCCGGUCUGGCCACCUCGGAAUCAGACCUUAACUCAAAUCAGACUCGUAUAUCGCCAACUAUGCAAAAAGAGCUUCUGUUUUUGUAUAGAAAAGUGACGGAUGCGCUCAAGUUCUGUUUAGACGUCUUCUACGAGAACAUAAAGAGUGAGAACCGAGUCGUCCCUGUUGAUGCGACAGUAGACGAGCUCACAGUCAAGUCAAUGACAUAUUUGGAUCUCAUCCUCUUCUACAGAAGCCUGUAUGCCGUAAUUGUGAACUUCAGCUCCAACUCGGAACUGGCUCGGGUGGCUUCUGCGGUAUUGACUGGAGAUAAUUCUGGGAAACCACAGUUUUUACCAAGAGAGUUUUACCAGAUGGAUGCUACGAGAGAACGCGAAAUCAUAUCAUCACUGUUCAGCUGUCUGUGUAGUAAGCUGAGUCCAGCGCUGUCGAAGAGCACUCCCAUGGAUGACAACAGAGACAAAUUGUUCAUUUUCAACAACCUCAAUUUCGUUCUCGACUCAAUCAAAAGAUUUGACGUGGCAGAGAUCUCUUGUUGUGAACCUGUGCAGGAAGCCAUUGCUAGAAAUGUGCAGGUCAUCCGAAUGGACUUCAUGUCCUGCUGGAGAAAACUGAAUAAUAACCUAAACAGAAAACCGAAUAUUGCACCAAGUGAACUGAAAGUGUACAAAGACAAGAUUAAUACUGGACGACUUGAUCAAAUCAAGAUGACAGACGUGGAGCGCGAGAGUCUGAAGAACCUGUUCAGUACCUUCAACACUGACUUCGAAGUGGUCACUAACUUACACAAGACACUUUCCAUUCCCAGUCAGGCGGCCUACGAAGACAUCAGGGCAGAAAUUGAGACUAUCAUUGUACAGCCAUAUGCCAAGUUCUACAACGAGUACCAUCAGCUGCCAUUCACGAAGUUCAGGGAGAAGUACGUGAAAUUUACUCCAGAUAGUCUGGUGCGAGCAAUUGACGAGUGCUACGGAUAUAGAAUAUAGAAGACAAUUUAAACUGCUAACAUUGAGCCAAGCAUGGGAAAGCUUGAGCUGUUCAUCGGACAUUAUUUAAAGGCCAUCUAUCAAAGUUUUAUUUUUAUAUUAAUUAAUAAUAAAUGUUUCUCUGAUA